GUAGCAGCUUGUAUUUUCUCACCUGCACAGAGAUCAUACUGAAUCAUCUGAGGCCUUGAAUCAAACUAUCAAACAAAAACACUUGUUGUUUUUCCCAUUCGUUCAGCCGGCUGGAGUUUGGAGACUAUAUAAGACGGGCCAACUCUACCACUGUUUACCACUCAUUCACCGUUUGUGAAGACGUGUAACUGGACAAUGAGGGUUGUUGUUGGUUUGCUGCUGUUGCUGCUCGGUCUGUGUGGGUCAGGGGCUCAGGGGGAUGGUGGAGGCCUUGGCCAGGUGGGUGAGAUCAGAGAGUUUCAGGAUACGGCUCAAAGAGAUGCAGUUGAGGAAUCGACCGAGCAGAACACAAAGCAAACCACAUCUGACAUCUGGGCGGAGGUGAGGGCGCUGAGAUACAUGGUGGUGAAGCUCGAGGUGGAGCUGAGGAACAUGGAGGCCAUAGUGAAGGAUAGCGAGAGCCUGGUGAAUGAACUGAAAACUGAGCUGAUCGUCACCAAGGUGUACGUGGAGAUGCUGCAGAGAGAUAAUUCAGUCCAAGAAACUAGACUGACGGCCGUCGAGAGCAAAACAAGAGACCUAGAAAAAGAGAAUGCAGACCUGCAGACCAGACUGAGCAGCAGUGAGAGUGAACUUCUCCUUAGCAAGUCCAGGAUUGACCAGCUGGAGAGAGAAGCUGCAGUCCAAGAAGCUAGACUGACGGCCACCGAGAGCAAAACAAGUGACCUAGAAAAAGCGAAUACAGACCUGCAGACCAGACUGAGCAGCAGUGAGAGUGAACUUCUCCUUAGCAAGUCCAGGAUUGACCAGCUGGAGAGAGACAAUGCAGAGAAACCAAAGGUGGCCUUUUAUACAGCUCUGACUGAUGCAGGACAUGUUGGACCAUACAACACAGACAUCACACUGAAAUACAGCAAGGUCUUCACCAACAUUGGCAAUGCUUAUAAUCCAGCUACAGGUUUCUUCACAGCACCAGUCAAAGGCGUCUACUAUCUCCAGUUCACUCUGUUUGGUCUCCGCAUAGGUCAUAUGGCUGUAACUGUGUACAAGAACAACCAGAAGAUCAUGUUUAAUGUGGAGCGUAAUGAUGGGAAUUAUGAGUAUUUCACUAACUCUGUUGUCUUGGAGCUGUUAGCAGGAGAUAAGAUUCACCUGGAUCUCCCAUCAACCUAUACUCUCUUUGAUUCUACAGAUAACCACUGCACCUUCAGUGGCUCCCUUCUCUUCCCACUGUAAGGAUGUCGUUUUAUCGUUUACACUGCGAUUUACUGCAUCAAAUAAUGUGACUCUGAAUCUGACUUCCCUCUUGUAUCAUCACGUGAAAACAACAUUCAAAUAAAUCAAAGUCUCAUUGGA